UUGGAUACCCUACAAAUGGCAAUGCAGCAGCGAGAAACAAAGGUACAGGAAUUAAGACUGGCCGUGAAUUCUCAUAAGUUCUCUGCACUGGCAGCAGUGCAGCUCAGUGAGAAGGUAUUUACUGGUCAGAUAAGCUCCAUGAAGAAAAGACAAGCUAAGGUAACAGAGGUGAUCAGAGCUCAGGAGAAGGCAGAAGUAAGCAGUGUUGAGGAACUCAUACUAACACUGGAGCAAGAGAUCAGUGACCUGAAGAGAAGGCGUGAUGAACUGGGGCAACUUUCUGAGGUGGAGGAUGACAUCUAUUUCAUUCAGAAUUUCUCCUCUCUUUCCGACUACCAGUGUUCAAAUUUGUGCAACAUCUCCGUCAGACAACAUUUGACAUUCAAGGAGAUAGAAAUGGUAAUCUGUCAGCUGAAAAAUCAACUGGAUGAUCUCUGUGAACAAGAUAUUGUUCGGAUAUCAGAGAAAGUUCCUACUGUCCAUAUAACGAUGAAUAAUACGAAGAUCACAGAGUAUUUGCCAUCUCUGCCCAAGACCAGAGAAGAGUUCCUUAUGUAUUCCUCUGAACUGAUUCUGAAUAGCUCAUCAGCCUGUAAGCAGCUCUCUGUACUGAGCAAGUCUGUGUCAAGGCGUGAAAAGAAAUACUCUGACCCAUACUAUGGACGUUCAUACUAUGAAGCUACAGCCACAUACCAGGUGUUGUGUCAAGACUAUCUGUCUGGGCGCUCUUAUUUUGAAGUUCAGUUUGGAGGAACUGGUGGUUCUAUUGCGUUUUCAUAUGACAACAUUAGUCAGGGAGGAUCUGUUAUAUUUGGCUCCAACAACAGAUCCUGGAAAUGUGACUUUCCAGCAGCUAAAAUUUGUGUCAACCACAAUAGCCUUCAGACUAACAUUAGCUUGGUCUCUACAAUUGGAGUGUUUCUCGAUCAAGUUGCAGGAACCGUGUCCUGUUACAAUGUCUCAAGUGAUAAAAUGACCCUCUUACACAGAAUCCAGACCACUUUUUCUCAACCAGUCUACCCUGGGUUUUCAUUUCGGGAUUGGGGAAAUGACUCAUUGGUGACUAUUUGUGAUCUUCCUAAGCACAAUAAGUAAAUAUAAUCUGUACUAACAGUGAUAGAUUCGUGAAUGGAUUCGAGGCCAAGAAGUCAUCCGAAGUCAAGAGAAAUCACUGUUCUCAUUCAUCAUUCUUAAAGCAUAUUUUAAAUGCUGUUAAUUGCAUUAAUCUUAAAAAAAUAAAACAAAACUUCAUUCACAUAAUUUAGCCUUUUUUUUUUUUUUUUCUUUUUAAAGACAUUGUUAUGGAACUUAAUUAAAAACGGUCCUACUCGGGGAUGGUCUGUUUCUUUUCUUCCUGUUUUCUUUGAGAUUUAAGUUUUAGAUGCAGUAAAUUCCGCUCUAGAUUUCAGUUUAACAUUUGUUUGAAAACGACUUUUAAAAUAGUUGAUUUAGGUUUAACUUCCAAUGUGCGUUGAAUGUGUUUUGAACAAUAAAUUACUUUUUUAUACAAACUGAGAAAUUGUUUGUAAAUCUUUU